GGAGUGCCGGGAGCCCCGGGAGACUAUGGAGCAGCAGCGCCGCCGGUUAUGACACGGAGCAGGCGGCAGCAGCAGCACACAGGCAGCGGAAGCUCCGAGUCCACCGGUUUGGAGCGCCUCCUCCUCGGGCUGUGACUUCAUCCUCAGCCCCGGAGCCUCCAUCCGACCCAGCACGGCCCCACCCUCUCCUGCUGGAAGAUGAGUGUUUACCUAACGGACUAUACUGGCGCUGCUGUCAUCUUCCAAUGUCUUCACUGGGACCUUAAGAGAUAGGAUCUAUCUUCAUGAAGAUGCACCAGGUUAUACAGUAGCUUUGUGGGGAGUUGACCAGAUUCGACAAUGUUUUGUAAUAAGACGAAAGUUCUUGAGGAGGAACGACGAGUGAAAGCCAAUAAUCGUGAUUACAAUGAGAAGUUUAAAUAUGCAAACAAUGGCAUCAAGACAUCUAAGUAUAAUAUCAUCACGUUCCUGCCUAUCAAUUUAUUUGAACAGUUCCAGCGGGUUGCCAAUGCAUAUUUUCUUUUCCUCCUCAUAUUACAGCUGAUCCCUGAAAUCUCUUCCUUGUCAUGGUUUACUACCAUUGUGCCUUUAGUUCUGGUAUUGACCAUCACUGCUGUGAAAGAUGCCACUGAUGACUAUUUUCGUCAUAAGACGGAUAAUCAAGUCAACAAUCGUCAGUCGCAUGUUCUUCUUGGUGACAGACUGCAAAAUGAGAAGUGGAUGAAUGUAAGAGCGGGCGAUAUCAUCAGACUGGAGAACAAUCAGUUUGUGGUUGCCGACAUGCUCCUUCUGUCCAGUAGUGAGCCACAUGGUCUUUGUUAUGUGGAAACAGCCGAACUUGAUGGAGAAACUAAUCUGAAGGUUCGGCAAGCUCUGCCAGUAACUGCUGACCUCGGAGAGGAAAUUUCCAGGCUAGCAGAAUUUGAUGGGGAAAUCUUAUGUGAGCCCCCAAACAACAAGCUUGACAAGUUUAAUGGAACACUAAUCUGGAAAGACUGCAAAUAUUCUCUAAAUAAUAGCAAGAUGCUUUUGAGAGGGUGUGUUCUAAGAAAUACUGAAUGGUGCUUUGGGAUGGUCAUCUUUGCAGGACCUGAUACUAAAUUAAUGCAGAACAGUGGAAAAACAAAGUUUAAAAGAACUAGCAUUGAUCGGCUAAUGAACACUCUAGUGUUGUGGAUAUUUGGCUUCCUGGUAUGCAUGGGAAUCGUUCUAGCAGUUGGAAACUCUAUCUGGGAGCAUCACGUGGGCAGCCGGUUUAGAGUCUACCUUCACUGGGAUGAGCUUGUGGACAGUGCUGUGUUCUCAGGAUUCCUCACAUUCUGGUCUUACAUUAUCAUUCUAAAUACUGUAGUACCAAUUUCUCUCUAUGUAAGUGUUGAAGUUAUUCGACUUGGGCAUAGCUACUUUAUCAACUGGGACCGUAAAAUGUUCUACUCUAAAAGAGGCACCCCCGCCGAGGCCCGGACUACAACUCUCAAUGAAGAAUUGGGUCAAAUAGAGUACAUAUUCUCAGACAAAACAGGGACACUUACUCAGAACAUCAUGACGUUCAAUAAAUGUUCAAUAAAUGGAAAAAUCUAUGGUGAAGUGCGUGAUGAGCUGGGUCGUAAGGUUGAAAUUACUGAGAAAACUGUUCCAGUGGAUUUUUCAUUCAACCCUCUAGCUGAUAGCAAGUUUCAGUUUUAUGAUCACAGCUUAAUCGAGGCUAUAAAGCUAGAAGAGCCCCAUGUCCAGGAGUUCUUCCGAUUACUCUCCUUAUGUCACACAGUUAUGUCUGAAGAGAAGAAUGCAGGGGAACUUUUUUACCAAGUUCAGUCACCAGAUGAAGGUGCAUUGGUUACCGCUGCAAGGAAUUUUGGCUUUAUAUUUAAAUCACGAACACCCGAGACUAUAACUGUGCAAGAAAUGGGAAAAAUCGUAACAUACCAGCUAUUAGCCAUAUUAGACUUCAACAAUAUCAGAAAAAGAAUGUCUGUCAUAGUGCGAAAUCCAGAAGGACAAAUUAAACUUUACUGCAAAGGUGCAGACACUAUCCUAUAUGAGAGGCUUCAUGUCAAUAGUGAAGAAUUAAUGUAUAUAACUUCAGAACAUCUAAAUGAGUUUGCAGGUGAAGGCCUGCGGACAUUAGCCCUGGCAUACAAAGAUCUCAGUGAAGAUUACUUCAAGUGGUGGCUAAAGAUCCAUCAUGAGGCUAGUACUGCCAUGGACAACAGAGAGGAACGGCUAGCAGCUGCAUAUGAGCAAAUUGAAAGUGAUAUGAUGCUACUAGGUGCUACUGCAAUAGAAGACAAGCUACAAGAAGGAGUGACUCUUACCAUCGCUAGUCUCCUAUUGGCAAACAUAAAGUUGUGGAUUCUGACUGGAGAUAAGCAGGAAACAGCCAUGAAUAUUGGAUACUCAUGCCACAUGCUUACUGAUGACAUGAAUGAUAUCUUUAUAGUAUCUGGUCGCACAGUAUUGGAGGUGCGAGAAGAACUAAGGAAAGCAAAAGAAGUUACAUUUGGACAAAGUAGGAACCUAUACAAUGGGCACCAGUUUUCUGAGAAGACAAGUGAAACCAAGCUUGAGUCGGUCUAUGAGGAAACUGUAACUGGUGAAUAUGCCUUAGUCAUCAAUGGCCAUAGUUUGGCCCAUGCUCUAGAAGCAGACAUGGAAAAGGAAUUUCUGGACAUUGCAUGUAUGUGCAAGACUGUGAUCUGCUGUAGAGUUACUCCUCUUCAGAAAGCUCAAGUGGUUGAGUUAGUAAAAAAAUAUAAAAAAGCAGUCACUCUCGCCAUUGGAGAUGGUGCUAAUGAUAUCAGCAUGAUAAAAAGUGCUCACAUAGGUGUUGGCAUCAGCGGACAGGAGGGCAUGCAGGCAGUUUUAGCCAGUGAUUACUCAUUUGCUCAGUUUAGGUACCUACAAAGACUGCUGCUAGUUCAUGGGCGCUGGUCGUACUUUCGCAUGUGUAAAUUCCUUUGCUACUUCUUCUAUAAAAAUUUUGCCUUUACACUAGUGCAUUUCUGGUUUGGAUUUUUCUGUGGUUUCUCAGCACAGACCGUUUAUGACCAGUGGUUUAUUACACUUUUUAAUAUUGUGUACACAUCACUUCCUGUGUUAGCAAUGGGACUCUUUGAUCAGGAUGUGAAUGAACAAAACUGCAUGGAUUACAAUAAACUGUAUGAGCCAGGCCAGCUAAAUCUACUGUUCAACAAGCGACGUUUUUUUAUUUGCGUGUUACAUGGCAUUUAUACUUCUUUUGCACUAUUCUUUAUACCUUUUGGUGCAUUUUUUAACACGGCUGGUGAAGAUGGAAAACAUAUAGCAGACUAUCAGUCUUUUGCCGUCACUGUUGCUACAAGUCUAGUAAUAGUUGUCAGUGUACAGAUUGGCCUGGACACCAGCUACUGGACAGCUAUUAACCAUUUCUAUAUCUGGGGCAGCCUGGCUGUGUACUUUUCUAUCUUAUUUGCCAUGCAUGGGGAUGGAAUUUUUGAUAUUUUUCCCAGUCAUUUUCCAUUUGUAGGAAAUGCAAGAAAUUCCUUAAGUCAAAAGAGUGUUUGGUUAGUAAUAUUCCUGACCACUGUGAUAUGUGUCAUGCCUGUGCUGACUUUCCGCUUCUUGAAGGUAGAUUUAAGACCAACACUCAGUGAUAAGGUUCGUUACUUGCAGCAGGCCAAGAAGAAGCGUAAACCAUUGGCAAACCACAUGCACAGGGUGCACAGAACUAGCUCCAGGAGAUCUGGAUAUGCCUUUGCUCAUCAGGAAGGCUAUGGCGAACUUAUUACCUCUGGUAAAAACAUGCGGCUAAAUGAGCCUGAAUCCUCAUCAGGCUUAGCAAGAACAAUGCUGAGCAGCACAAGCUGGAUAGAAAAUCUACGAAAGAAGACAGCAGAGAAUUUCAAUAGCUUCAGUAGUGAAAAGAUUUCUAAAUUAUAGUUAAUAUACUGGGGGCUUUUUCAUUCUGUAAUUUUUUUUAUUUUUUAUUAACUUUAAGUUGUGGCCAUAUUUUUGCACUGUGUUACUUAACACCAAAAGGAGAUAUACAUCUUCUAUAAAUGGAUCAUCCCAAAAAAGCAAAGCCCUAUUCCAUCUAAUCAUGGGAUGUAAAACACUGUUCAGGAGAAAUUUCUAGACCCUUCCAAACUCCAUUCCCAAAUGAUUGUAAAACUCCAUACUGUGAUACAGGGCAACAACGCAUCACUGCAGACUUAAUUUUGUGACCAACUGUUAAAAAAAAGGUUACUAACUGAAUGUCGUGGACAUUUGCUUUCUGAACUUUUACAACUUCUUCCUUUGAAAUGUUUUUAGGGUUCUUAAUGUAAAUGUAUGUUACCCAGUUUGUAAUGGACAAUUUUUCUAGCCUCAAACCAUUGCACAGUUUCUCCAUUCAUAGAGCAUUCUCCAAGAUAGUAACUUUGUCGUUGAUUUCACUUCCAGCAGGGUUGCUGUAAUACAUUGAAGGGGGUUAUCCAACCCUAUAACAUAUUUGAAGGUAAACUAUCGAAUGUAUACAAUAGCAAAAAAGGUGUAAUACUCACUGUACCAAUUCCCUACCUGCCUUUGUUUUUUUCGUCCUCCAUCAGGGCCUUAUCUGCCAUGAGGUGAGAUGAGUACUUCGCCUCAGGUGGCAAAUUGCAGAGUCUCUGAGGGGUGGCUUUAACUCAUACUGUCUUGCAUCUUUUUCUACACAUCACUCACAUUCCCAUGACCUAGAAAUGGUGGCUGGACACAGAUGUGGAAUGCCAGGCAGUCAGUACUGGGAAUGCAGAAAUUAUUUGGUUGUCUACUGCAGUCCCUUGUUGUUUUGACAUGACAUUGCUAGAGCUGGGGAAUCCAAUUGGGUAAGCAUUGGCACAAGAGUGGCAGGGGAUUGGUAAGGUAUUUCUCACUUUAUAAUUUUAUAAAAAUAAAUUCUUAUUUUAUACUAUUAUUAGCUGCUAAACAAUAUAAGGGUUAGAUAAUGCCUUUAUGGAGGAUACUGAUUUGUUGAAGAAGAUGCUGCUGCUACUAUUUAUUUCAAGAGUCGUUUUUCUUUGGAAAUGUAUCAAUAUUCAGAGCCAUCACAAGCUUCCUUGGGCAUUCUGUAUUUUUAAGUCACUACCCCAGCUUGUUACUGUUUAUGAUGAUAUGUAAAGUGGUUUCCUAUUAGACAGCAAUAGAUUGGGUAUGGUAAAUGUGUAAUGCAUGUUCCUAGUUCUGUUUCAUGUACAACAUAUUACAUUCCUUAAUACACGAUGAAUGUCUAUUUUCCAUUUUAGCCUUUUCAGCAUUAUGAAUGUAAUAACAGGUGCCAUGACUAUACAUCAGGUUAUUAGCCACUUAAUGUGAGCUAAUUCUCUAUACAACUAUUGUGAAAUGAGUUCUGCUGGAGUUGAAAUACGCCAUCAAUCAGCCGGUAUAGUGGUGGAUACUUUGUCACAUGCUGUGUUUUGUUUUACACACAAAAAAUUGCAUUAUCUGUGUACAUUCACCAAUGAAACUAUUUUCUCAGGGGAUAUUCAUUUAUAUCAUAUCAGCCACUCUAAACUUUUGAUCAGUUUUUCUUCUUGCUUUAAAGGGCUUUCCCAUAAUUACGUUUUAUGAGAUGUCAAUCGAUCUACUAUGUCAUAAAAUUUAAUUAUGGGGAAAAAUAUUUUUAAAGGGCCAAUGGAAUGUUUUGUAAAUUCUGUCACCAGAUGCGUAUUUAGAAUAUGAGCUAAAUUAUUACAAAGGUAAGGAUAAAUUCACAGCUGGGUCAUUAAUUUCCUUUUUCUAUUGCAUCCAAGCAGAAAAAAAAGGCAUGAGUGCCUGAUAUAUCUUACAACAGGCACCAACAGCGCCUGAUGGACCUCUUUGAUUAAUAAGGGAGUCUGUCUGGUUCUGCCAUGGUAUAUUUUGCCUCAAAUAUGAAGGAACAAGUUAGUAUGGGUGAUUCUGUUGCUGAUUUUAAUUCCCUUUAUGCUUAGAAUGAAUUCACGUUUGUCUGUGCCCAUUGGUAUACAUCAGAAUACUGUCAAAAGGUAUUUUACCCUGGGUAGCAACAGGCAUUAAUAGACCAAAUGUUGUAGUUUACUUGAGAAUAUGUUUAUUCUGUUUUAUCUGAAGGACACAAAAACAUAGUGUAUCAUGCUUUUGUGUCCUGCAAUUAAAAUGUAUACUGGCAUAAAAUACACCAAAUGUCCAUAGUAAGUUUAGUUUAGUCUACUAAAGUCUAUAAAAAUGGGUAUAGGUCGUUAGUCUGAUGGAUACCUGCAGCAUACAGAGAAAACAUAAUAUUGCCCCCUAUGCAGUAAUGUAACAAAGAAAAACAGCCUAUUUAAUAUGCGUUUUGCACACCUAAAUGACACAGAGACAAAAAAAACAGGUGCAAAGGAAAAGCGGAAUACUUUUCAUAGGCCUUUGGAAAAUGAAAGCGUGCAGCCUAAUUAGUUGUUAAAGGGGUUGUACGCUGCCCUACCUUUUCGGAGCUCCGAAUGCAGCAUCCUGAAAUUCAUUACUCCGAACUCUGUGAGCGGGCUUCCGUGUUCGCGGCCGCCCCCUCGUGACGUCACGCCCGCCCCCUCAACCAAAGUCUAUGGGAAGGGGGCGUGACAGCACUAAUUAUGAAACUUCUUCCCUAUCUGUUUAGUAAUUUUGUCUUCAUUGACUGGAUACAUUUUAUGCACUGUGUGUUUAUAGCUAUGAUACUAGAUGAAUAAUAUGGGCCUCUCACUGUAAUUAUAGAUCAUUUGAGAAUAUUAUAUAACUUGAUUUUUUUCUUUAGUUCUGCAGAAAUGUUGUAAAUACACAUUGAAAGACACAAAAUGUAUUUUUUUUUUUUUGCAUUAGGAGGCAGCACAUUUACUUUUCACUCACUUUUGUAUUGUGAUACAUUAUGACUUAGCAUUGCAAAGUACAGCUCCAUAAAUGAAGGUAGGUGCCAACAUGUAAUGAAUAAAUAGCUAUCAUUCUGCUCCUUAGGCUGGUUUCAUAUGAGUGUGUUACAUGAGUAUUUAUGUGUCCAGAUUACGGAUACAAGCUCCAGCCUGACCGCUAGUCACUUAACCUAAGUUAACAGCUGCCAAUUCAGGUAAGCACUUGUGUGAAAUCAUCCUGAAGCAGAGCACUACAUAAGAAUUUGGAUAGAUUGGCGGUCUCAGAUUGUGCAUUUUACGAAUACUCUACUAAGUUAAACUUUAAAAUGUAGGCCAAAUGCCUGUACUACAGUUUAUUGCAUGGAGUAGGGAUUUUAUAAUCCAUGAUCCCACCACUGUUAGAUGACAGCCAGUAGCCAGUGAUAAGUUGACAAUACCCUGGAAAAUACAAUAAGAUAUAUACAAGUAAUGUAUAUGUGUGAGGCUUACAGUAUAAUAGAGAAAACCAGUUUGUCUCCUGAGGCUAUCUCACAAGGGUCUGUUGUCCUCACCAAUGCAUAAUGUUCUAUCUUUAAUGUCACUUGAUCUUAGAUGGUGCCAUACUUCUAAUAAUCCUCAUAAGGAUGACUUUAGUAGUUGUCAUUGCUAGAUUAUAUUUACAUUACCAAUCAUGUACUUGCCUUGAAUAUAUUUUUAGAAAUAAACCCCUAGCUAUCUGGCUGAUGACACACUGUUCUGUUUAGAAUCAAUAAGGCUUGAAAUACAUAUUUCUAUGCUGUUUAUUUGCUUCUUGCCACUGUCUCCUUAAAUGUUGCAUUUCAUUAGCUAUUUUUGCUAAGUUGUGAUAUUGCGCCUAUCGCUGCUCUAAUGUAGGCUGCAGAAUACUGCUGCAGUUUUACUUCAUUGUUUCAUAUUUUACAGAGUGAGUUGGGGUAGGUACAUAAUGGCCCCGACACUAUUCACUAGGACACCAAAGUUAUUCACCUUCACAACAGAUAGAUUCUUAUGCUUUGCGUAUGAGGGUGUAUAUUCUCCACACAAUUGUCAUCUGUCUGCUUCAGCUAUGCUCAAACACCUGGGUCCAAUAUGCAUUCAACAUAGAAUAUGAUGAAUAGGGAUUGGGCAGUUACAUAGAAACAUCUCUGGUUGUGCUGUGUCAAUCCACAUUUGCAUGAAACUAUUAUUGUAAUGUUUGAUCAGAAACAGCUAAAAAAUAUUGCUGGGAAACAUGUUUAUUAUGCUCAUCAUUUUCUACUGUCUUGGUUUGUUUUGCUAAAUGCCUUUAUUCCGUUUUCAUGUUUGGAAAUCCAAAAUCCUGAUAUGGCAUAAUUCAUUUUGUACUUUAAGGCAAAAUGCCAUUCAUGAAACAUAUAUAUAUUUAGAGAUGUCAAUCUUUAUUAUUGUAGGUACAAAUUAGAUUUCUAUCAAAUGUAUGGCUUUUGUUUUGUGCAAUAGAAAAGUUAUAACUGUCUGUGCGCAUGAUGUCAUACCAAAGAGUUAGCGCUCUUUUGUAACAUAAGGUUUACAUAUGUACAUAGUGUUCCAUAAUUUAUUUAAGUGCUUUAUAUACAAAAUAUUUUCUAUAAAUAUACUGUUUCUAUAUAAUU